AUGGCUGCACCCAAGGUGAUCGUUUUGGGAAGCCUCAAUGGCUCGCUGACACCUGCCUUCACGAAGCUCGCGACCCUCCACGCCAAGAACAGCUUCAACUUUGCCAUUGUCACAGGCAAUCUGUUCAGCAGCGAAGACGAUACCACUGUCGAUUCACUUCUCAACGGUGAACUGAAGGUCCCCCUUCCUGUCUACUUCACUGUCGGCACAGCGCCCCUUCCCCCAAAGAUCGUUGCUAAAAUCGAAGCCGACGAGGAAAUCUGCGAGAACCUCCACUUCCUCGGAAAACGAAGUAUCACGAAGACGUCAGAGGGGGUCAGAAUUGUCGCACUCGGUGGAAGGCUCGACAAAGAUGUGGUCGGAGGGCAAUCCAAGGAGCAGCACCUCCCGUUCCACACAGCGGACGAUGCGAAGUCGCUGAAGGGUGCAAACAAGGCCGACAUCCUACUUACGACCAUCUGGCCAUCUAGUGUCUGGACAGGAUCCAAGGUCGCUCUUACCCCAGAGAACCAGGCAGCGAUUGAAAGCACGGCUGAGGUUGCUGAGCUGUGUGCGACCCUGAAGCCGCGAUACCACUUCUCGUCUUCACCCACCGAGUUCUUCUACGAGCGAGAGCCUUUCGUGCACCCUCUCGAGGAAGGCGCAGAGGAUGCGGCUGUCACUCGCUUCAUAUCGAUGGCCCCCUAUGGGAACGCAGCCAAGGCGAAGGCGCUAUAUGCAUUCACAAUCAGCCUUAACGAGACCAACGUCGAGAAACCCGCCAACUCUACUUUCACGCCCUUCAGCCAGAGAAAGCCAAAGAGGCGGGCGCAGGAUGAGGGCUCCUACAGCCGCUUCGCCAACGGAGACGACGAUGGCCGCCAUCACCGCCGCGGAAAUAAGCGCCGACGUCAGUCGCCUCCUCCCGGGCCGGACCGGUGCUUCUUCUGCUUGAGCAACCCCAACCUCGAUACCCACAUGGUCUGCACCAUUGGCGAAGACAGCUAUCUUGCUACUGCCAAGGGCCCUCUAGCCACAUCCCAGACCUUUGAGGAGCACGGUAUCAACUUCCCUGGCCACGUCAUCAUCACGCCUCUCGCGCAUACACCAACCGUUCACUCGUCUGGCGUCGAGAGCUAUACCCCUGAGGAGGCGGAGAAGACCCACAAGGAGAUGACCCGUUUCCGCGAGGCCCUCCAGGCCAUGGUAUCGGCCAAGUCGAACCGCAAGCUGGGUGCCAUCACCUGGGAAAUCAGCCGCGGUCGCAACAUUCACGCUCACUGGCAGUUCCACCCUAUUCCCGCGGACUUUGUCUACAAGGGUCUUGCCGAGGCCGGCUUCCGGGUUGAGGCCGAGAACCUCAAGUACCCCGAGUUUGAGAGCCGCGAGAUCUCGUUCGAGGACCAGGCCGACUUUGGCGACUACUUCCGCAUCUGGAUCUGGGCAGACGACGGCGAAGACAGAAUUAAGGGUUCUAGUCUCGUGAUGAAGCUCGAUCCCAACAUGCGCUUCGAUCUGCAGUAUCCGCGUAAGGUUGUCGCGAAGCUCCUCGGUCUCGAGAAGCGUUUUGUCUGGCAGGACUGCACGCAGACUAAGGAGGAAGAGGAGAAGGACGUGGCAGCUCUCCGCGAGGCUUUCAAGGAGUGGGAUUUUGCGCUUCAGUGA